AUGUCGUCUCAAAUCCAAUCUGUCACUUUACCUGUCAUCAUCAUCACCAGCGGCGAUUUAGACUGUCCUCCUUGGGUCUUAUUCGAUCCCGAAUGGCCCCUCGAUGAAGACUACGAGGAAGACUACAUGCAUUUUGAUGAAGUCGCACUACCGCUUUCUGAGAGCCCGACACUCUACGGACCUCCUAACGACAAAUUAAAUGCGGAUUUCAGUCUCACCGGAAAGACGUGCAACGUCACCUACAUAUCCCAUCCAACGGAACAGACCCCCAUGGUAACUGUCAGUAUCAACUGUCACGUUCACGGUCAUUAUAGCUUCAGAGUUCACGUUAACUGUGCCGGAUGUCAAGAAGAAUGCGGCUUUUGCGAUGGAGUGAUUGGGUAUAAACCGGGAGUUGUGUGUACACUCAAAACUAACGACUCGUCGACUGCAAAUUUGAAUCUGACACUUAUAUGUCGUGUCUUUGGGGAGUACAAGUUUAUCAUGGGCUCCGAGGAACUGGCCUCACAUGAUUCUUGUUUGGAAUGUGGUGGUGCACUUAAAGUUGUAAGUGGGGAGUAA